UCCUGAGAAAUUGAAUGACAGGAGAACUGGCAGCACACGAGGCUUUCUUCUUGGGGUGGUCCUGUCCUCAGGGCCUUGGGCACAGUCCCUGCCUCACUUUUCAGUCUUGUGAAACGUGGAUGGGGGAUGGGGUUAGUCCCUUCCUCUUAAGGUGAUUAAUGAGCCAAAUGUUUGCAAGAUGUCUGGAGACGCUUGCUGGAAAUUUUAAAACUAAUUCUUCCAAAACCAUUUUCCCAAACCCAGUUUUAUUGAAUUCCUGAGCCCCAAACCAAAUAUAACUCUAAAAUGAUGUUUCAAAGGAGCAAGGUCACAGUGACACCACCUGCCAUAAACCUUGUCGUGAACAUUGGAAGAACCUUGCCCAGCUGAGCCCAGGGAAGUUGUGUCUUAGCCUAACCGUUUCAUUCCGUUUCUCUGACUUUGCAAUUACCAGAAGUAUGAACUUCGUUUGGAACGACAUUUGUCCAAGGUUAUGAUAACAAACAACUGUCUCUCCAGUGAUGCAUUUGUUCCGUGCACCCAGCUCAAGGCCCUUCUCCUGCUUUUCUCUCAAGUCUCACUCGUCCUCCAUCAUCUGGGCCAGAAAGUUCCUGCUUCAGAGCUGAAGGUGGCCGUGUGGUUUUCACCUCAAAUCUUCAGCAAGAGCUAGAGAGAAAAAGAGUCUGAACAAUCAGUCACAUUUCCUGUGGAGUCCCAGUAAUAUCCCUGACUUACGCACACACAGGAGAUGAAGCACAUUACCGACCUGUAUGAAAGUGUCAACAGUACAAUGAGCAAUAAAUCAGACUGUCCUCCUGUGGUUUUGCCAGAGGAGGUAUUUUUCACAAUAUCUGUCAUUGGGGUUUUGGAGAAUCUGAUCGUCCUUCUGGCUGUGAUCAAGAACAAGAAUCUUCAGUCACCCAUGUACUUUUUCAUCUGCAGCCUGGCCAUUUCUGACAUGCUGGGCAGCCUGUACAAGAUCCUGGAAAACAUCCUGAUCAUUUUCAGAAACAUGGGUUACCUGGAGCCUCGAGGCGGUUUUGAAAGCACAGCUGACGACGUAGUGGACUCCCUGUUCAUCCUCUCCCUGCUCGGCUCCAUCUGCAGCCUGAGCGCCAUCGCCGCAGACCGCUACAUCACCAUCUUCCAUGCCCUGCAGUACCAGCGCCUUGUCACCCCACGCCGUGCUGCUGUGGUCCUGUUGAUCAUCUGGGCAUGCUGCAUAGGCAGUGGCAUCACCAUCGUGACCUUCUCCCACCAUGUCCCCGCAGUGAUCGCCUUCACAGCACUGUUCCCGCUGAUGCUGGUGUUCAUCCUAUGCCUCUAUGGGCACAUGUUCCUGCUGGCCCGCUCCCACGCCAGGAGGGUCUCCACCCUCCCCCGGGCCAACAUGAAAGGGGCCAUCACACUGACUGUCCUGCUUGGGGUCUUCAUCUUCUGUUGGGCCCCCUUUGUCCUGCACAUCCUCUUGAUGACAUUCUGCCCAGCUGACCCCUACUGCGCCUGCUACCUAGCCCUCUUCCAGGUGAACGCUGUAUUGAUCAUGUGUAAUGCUAUCAUCGACCCCUUCAUAUAUGCCUUCCGGAGCCCAGAGCUCAGGGAUGCAUUCAAAAAGAUGAUCAUCUGCAAGAGGUACCCAUAGAAUGAUCAGUCCCUGAUUUUAGGAGCCUCAGGGACAAUGUUGUCAAGUGACAAAAUAAUGCUAUACAGCAGCAAAUGUUAAGGCUCCAGUGUCCUUUCCCCCCUGAUGGGCACAAGGCGAAUCCCACUGACUGGUAUAAUAGUUUGGGUUUAUGGGCACAGCUUUGCUGUAGGUACAACUUUUAUAGCUAGAAAGAUAACAUAAUUACUGAAAAGCAGCAGAAUCCAAAGCACAUACAGCAAUACACAUGAGAGAGCACCAGGCCAAGGGAAAACUUGUUUCUCUGUAGACAUCUAGCAAGCCUAUCCCAGAGUGGCCUCUCUGCAGAGCUGGACCAUGUGCUCAGGGCACAAACUGUGUUCAGGGUCCUUAUCAGCCAAAGGGCCAGGAAACUGCAGCAGCUGAAUCUGCCUGCCCUACAUCCCUACCAGCCAGCCCACCUCCUGCUUUACACCAUCAAAAAUCUUUUUGGAAGUGGGCAGGAUAUACAUUAUAAAUGUCAAACAACCAGCUUGGAGUUUCCAAUAAGACAGGAAAGUCCUCUGAUAGUUUUCUUUGCAAACUCAGUAUCCACUGGCCUGAAAAUCCUUUUCUGGUUAAAACUACUCAUGCUUUAGGGGUAUAUAUUUCUGAGGAGGAAACAAAAGCUUAGCCCACUUGAUUCCUCUGUGGGAAUAAAGGCCAGAAGAAAACUAUUUGAAGAAGGUAUAACCAAUCUUUGGGUAUCAAACAUAGACAUAAUGCAAACAGGCCCCAAUAUGGAUUUUGUGGACUGAGUGUGUAUUGGUCUGUGUGAGUGUGUGUGUUUGUGUGUCCACCAUACAUUUGGACUCUGGGGGAAACCAAGGCCAAAACAAGACUUCGGGACAGUGCUGUUACUGAGACCCAUGAGACCGAUGAACAACAUUUAACCUCCUUCCAGAUGAGUCUGAGAAGCAGAUCCAAUCACUGGAAAAUGUCAUCCUUCCAUCAGCCACAUGCUGAAAAGUGGCAUGCCCAACAGGAUAAAAGAAGCAUUUUAAGUUCAUCCAAUUUUAAUAGCUAAAGAAAAACUUCAGAGUUCCCAUCAUUCCCCUAGUGCCAUUAACAAAUCCGACUAGGAACCAUGAGGGUACGGGUUCGAUCCCUGGCCUUGCUCAGUGGGUUAAUGGUCUGGCGUUGCCGUGAGCUGUGGUGUAGGUUGCAGAAUGCAGCUCGGAUCCUGUGUAGCUGUGGCUGUGGUGUAGGCUGGAGGCUACCGCUCCAAUUCGACCCCUAGCCUGGGAACCUCCAUAUGCCACGGGUGUGGCCCCAGAAAAAACAAAAAAGCCAAAAAAAAAAAAAAAAAAAGAGAGAGAGAGAGAGAAAUCACUUCAAGAAGCAGCAAAUCAGAUUGUACAUCCUUGCUGGGUUGGAAAUCCCCUCACAGAGGAGGGCGAUGGAGGAGAGGCCAGUCUGCAGGGGCAGGAGCUGAGCUGCUCAGGACCUACUGUGAGGGGCCAAGGCCCUGUCUGCUCUGAGCUGCUGAGGGAAGCCAGCCGCGAACAGGACUGUGGGCGGGUGAGGGGUGGGCUCUCAGGUGUGGCAAGGGAUGGAGCAGAAAGCACAGAGCUCAAGGGAAGACGCCUGGGGGCAGGUGUCCAGAAGACCUGUGACCUGGCUUGACGAUGACAACCAUGGUGUCCCCUGGCCCUCCAUCCUGUGGGAACCCUUCUUUGUUUCCCCCACCCCCACCCUGCCUCACCAAAUGAAUGCUGCCCGCUUUUCUCUCCUCUUCUUUCUCUGUCUAGAACCUCCAGGGCAAAGGCGAAAAGAAGCAAAGAUUGAGGCAUUCCUUAGGCUCUUCCUAACUGUAAUAGAAAUGCUUUUAAAAAUUUCACCCAUAUGUUUAUUUUUUGAAAAUUACCUCUUGUCAAAUUGAAAAUGUUCUUUUCCUAAUGUAUUUUUAUCAUUAAUUGAAUUUUAGCUCAUUUAGUUCACAGUAUCAUUAGUCAAAUUUUAUUUAGUGCUGUUUCAGCAUGUAUAGAUGAUCUUUUUUUUUCUCCUUUAAUUUAUUACUGUGGUAUAUUUUGGUAGUAGAUUUUUUUAUACUGGGCUAACUUUGCAAACUUCAAAUAAAGAUCGACAUGAUUAUUCUAAGCGUGGUUGUAUUUACAAAGCUAAAAUAUGUUGCUUGACAAAAGACUUAUUUUGAAUUAUACUUUUAUAUAUUUAAAAUUACCUAUAUUAAGAUA